UUGCCGUGGCGACGCGCGUACACAGGCCGGGCGGGCGCUUGGGCUGCGGGCCGCUGGCUGGAGACACCGCGGGAGCGCGGCCUGGCGGCCUCGCCCAGAGCGGGCCCGGCGCCUCCCGAGCGGUCAGGGCUCUCGGCGAAGGACGGGGCGUGGGCUUCUUCCUCUGGCCAGGUAAAGCAGAGAGUAUGAAAGCCUAUCUAAAGAGCGCAGAAGGCUUUUUUGUCCUGAAUAAAAGCACUACGAUUGGAAGGCAUGAAGAUUCAGACCUUGUUUUAGAGUCUGCAGACAUCGACAACCAUCACGCGCUCAUUGAAUAUAAUGAGGCCGAGAGCAGCUUUGUUCUCCAGGACUUCAAUUCCCGCAACGGCACGUUCGUCAACGAGUGCCACAUUCAGAACGUGGCUGUGAAGCUCUUACCUGGAGACAUCCUGAGGUUUGGGUCCGGAGGGCCGACCUACGAACUGGUCAUCGAAAACCCAGCCUCGGUCUCCUUCCCAUGGGUGAGGGACCCAGCACCUUGGCCAAGGCCACAGCCACCUCGGGCCACCCAGCAACCGAACCAGUCACCCUCACCACCACAGACCCCCUUCCACCCGGGCAUCUGGCCAGCACCAGUGCAGAGGAGCUGGUCCCAGGGGUUCCCCGGGCCCCACAUGGUCCCACCUGCCUCCCACAAGCGGCCCGUGAGUGCCAGCGAGAAGAUGUUCUCCUUCGUGGUGGACAGAGCUGCCCACAGGGUUCCCAUCAUCAAGCAAGUGUGGACCAACGCCGUGGAGCUGUCGGAACAAUCAGUGGCCGAGGAAAUUCCUGGGGCAGGGUCCUCCAGAGAGAUUUUUGUGGACCAGGACCUGGCCCAGCACGAUAAGGAUGAAAUAAUUCUGCUGCUGGGAAAAGAAGUCAGCCGUCUCUCGGAUUUUGAACUUGAAUCCAAAUACAAAGACACCGUGAUAGCAAGCCUGCAGAACGAAGUGGCCAACCUGAGCCAGAAGCUGUCGGAAACAGCCGCCUCCAGGCAGCAGGAGAGGGUGAUCCCGCCCAAGUUUCAGGUUCUGCAUGAAGAGGACGAUGCCCAACAGAGAGAGAUCCAGAGCUUGAAAAACCAGAUCAGUGCCCUACAGCAAGGCUACAGCCAGGUGCUGUGCCAGACCCUGUCUGAGAGAAACUUAGAAAUCACAUCCCUGAAGAACGAGGCCGAGAACUUAAGGAGGGAUACCGCCAUCACAUCAGAGAUGGUGUCAUCUUUGCAAAGAGAUGUGUUAGUAAAGGACGAUCAAGUUCAACAACUGAAACAGGAGGUGAAUCAACUAAAAAGUGAGAACAAAGAAAAGGAUCACCAGCUCGAAGCCCUCAGCUCCAGAUGCUCAGUGCUGAAAGAAGAGUUACAGAAGGAAGAGGCCCAGAAGGAGCACUGGGAAGCCCAAGAGAAAGAGUUAAAACUCUGCAAAACCCAAAUCCAUGACAUGGAGAAAGAAAUGAGGAAGCUCAGGGAGGAGCUGAAAAGGAGCAGUACCGAGCAGAGCCUGAUCUCUAAGACGCUGCGGGAAAAGAGCAAGGUUGAAGAGAAGCUUCAGGAGGAUUCCAGAAGGAAAUUGCUUCAGCUGCAAGAAAUGGGGAACAGAGAAAGCCUCAUUAAAGCCAAUUUGGAAAGGGCAGUAGGUCAGCUGGAGCUUUUCAGAAGUCAGGUCAUCAAGGCCACCUACGGACGCGCGAAGCUGUUCCAGGACAAACCCGUCUCCGAUCAGCAGUUAAUAGAGAAGAUCACCAAGGUCACAGAGGACAACAUCAACUUUCAGCAGAAAAAGUGGACCCUGCAGAAGGAGCCCCAGCUCAGCAGCUCCAAACAGGAGGAAGUCACAGAGAACAUCAAGAAGCUGAAGACGUCCUUAGACAGUUGCCAGGCUUGCAUGAAAAUGUCUUGCUGUAGCAAUGACCUGAAGAAGGAGGUCGACCUCCUGCAGCACCUGCAGGUGAGCCCACCUGUCUCAGGGCUCCAGAAGGUGGCGCUGGACAUCUUGCACCUGUCACUGUCCUGGCUGGAGGAAACGGAGCAUCUCCUCCACGAGGUGGGGAUCCAGUUCCCCAGCUCCGACAAAGGAUUGUCUUUGUAUCUGAAAUACCUUCUGGAACAUUAUAAAAAAAUUACAAGCCGGACCCAGGAACUUCAGAUCAAGAUCAACAGUUCUCAGGAAACUCAGCAGUAUUUGCUGCAAGAAAAGUUACGGCAGCAUCUGGCAGAGAAGGAGAAGCUGACCGAGGAAAGGCUACAGCAAGAGGAGAAGCUGAAAGCCAGAGUCAAGCGGCUAAUGGAAGAGAAAUCGGCUUUGGAUGAAACCAUUUCUCGGGAGAAAAGCAGAGCGAAGGAAGCAUUAGAAGAAGAACAGAGCAAAGUCCAAGAGCUGGAGAAUCGCUUAACCCGCCAGAAGGAGAUUUCAGAGAGCAGCAUCGCCUAUGAGAAACACAAAGCGAAGGAGGCCAUAGAGAAGGAAAAGAAAAAGGUGCAAGAUCUGGAGAACCGCAUAACCAAGCAGAAGGAGGAAAUAGAUUUAAAAAUGCAAAAAGAAGACAUUUUAAAUAAUAAAUUAAAUGAUGCACUGGCCAUGGUAGAAAAGACUCAGAAAACAAAGACGGCUGAAAGUCUAAAAGCAGAGAGCCUCACCAUGAAAUUAAGUGAAACAUUAGCUGAACUGGAAACUGCCAAGACGAAAAUGAUCAUGAUGGAGGAGCGGAUGCAGCUGCAAGGGCACACAGUAAGGGCCCUCCAAGAAGAACAGGAAUCACAGAAGCACGGAUUUGAAAAACAGAUCAUGGAAUACAAGGAGCAAAUCAAACAGCACUCCCAGACGAUUGUGAGUCUUGAAGAAAGACUCCAGAAAGUGACUGAACACCAUAAAAAAAUAGAAGGAGAGAUUGCAACGUUGAAGGACAAUGACCCAGCCCAGGAGGGGGAAACACAGCAAGACACUGUGGCAGCACCUCCGGUGGAGAGCACCGCCAAAGACGCAGUGUGUGAACACCUGAUAGAGGAUUUAUUGACCGCUCAGAAGGAAAUCCUGUCUCAGCAGGAGAUCAUCAUGAGGUUAAGGAAGAACCUCACUGAAGCCCAUAGCCGAAUGUCAGAUUUGAGAGGGGAGCUUAACGAGAAGCAGAAGGUGGAACUGGAGCGGAAUGUGGCGCUGGUCCAGCAACAAAGCAGCGAGCUGAGUGUGCUCAAGGAAAAGAUGGCACAGAUGACCAGCCUGGUGGAGAAGAAGGACAAGGAGCUAGAGGUCCUCAAGCAGGCACUCAGGGCCUCCCAAGAGAAACACAGACUCCAGCUGCACAAGGAGAAGGAACAGAAGCCCAGGAACACAACCCAGAUGUGUGACACCUCGGUGCAGAUAGAACCAAUCCACACCGAUAUUUUCUUGAGCAGCCAGGAGGAGCAGUCCUUCAGUGACCUAGGGGCCAAGUGCAAAGGGUCCCGACAUGAGGAAGUCAUUCAGCGUCAGAAAAAGGCCUUAUCUGAGCUUCGUGCGCGAAUUAAAGAACUUGAGAAGGCCAGCUCGUCAAAUCAUAAGGGCCACAUGGAUGGAUCAUUUCUAGACUUAAAGACCCUCAGGAUGGAAAAAAAUGUUCAGAAAAUAUUGGAUGUAAAACCUGACUUGCCAACUUUUUCAAGAGUAGAGAUCCGAGCGCCUCAAAAUGGCCUUUCCAGCCCAGGGUCCAUCACAACCACUGAGAAGUUAGAGGAAACGGAUGUGGCUGAGGCUUUAGAUCUUAGUGAAAAGCUGUACAUGGAUAUGAGCAAAACCCUCGGGAGUCUGAUGAACAUCAAAGAUAUGUCAGGUCACGUGUCCAUGAAACACCUCUCCCCAAAAGAGAGGGAGAGAGUCAACCAGCUUCGACAAAGAGACCUCGACCUGGUGUUUGAUAAGAUCACCCUACUCAAGAACCAGCUGGAGAGAAAAGAAGAGCUUUUGAGAGGAUACGAGAAAGACAUUGAACAGCUCAGGCAGAGCAAAGUGUCGGUUCAGAUGUACCAGUCACAGGUGGCAAAGCUGGAGGACGACAUCUACAAAGAGGCCGAAGAAAAGGCGCUGCUGAAGGAGGCCGUGGAACGCACGGAGCAGCGGCUGCACCACGAGAGGAGGGUCAACAGGGCGAUCAGGCAGCAGAAGGAACGUUUAGAGGAUCUCGUACAGAGAAAUGCCAAAGAAUCAGCACCUUGCAACUGUUCCUUCAAAGAGAAAGAGAGGCAGAGACGAAUGUUUGUAGAGAUGGUGAAGAACUCAAAGAUGCAGAACUCAAAUUUCCAGGUUGGAGCCAGAAAAGGCACCCCAAAGAUGGACCAAGAAAGGGAGAUGCUGAAGAGAGAAGUUUCCAGCAGAUCCAGCCAGAGCCUUUUGUUUUCUAAACCUGGUGGAAGGAACUAGAAACGUCGUCCCGCUGGGCCUCGCGUGAUCCUCCGUGAGUCAGUGUAACUCUUCUGCGUCAAACUACUAAGAUGCUUUUUUAGGACUUUAAAGGUUGCUACCCGAGUGUGUUGCUUCCUAGACUGGUAUUUUGCACAAUACUGUAUUUUGGAGUGUGUGAGGAGGGGGGUUCUUUUCACAGAUAGUACGAAUGUAAACAUACUCAGGCAUAUGAAGAAUAAGUUUGACAUUCAGACUCCUAGGCCCAGUAGAUACAAUUAUGUGUUUGGGUAGUGACAAACCCACAUGUCACACCUCCAAGGAGCUCCGAGAAACCCGCAGUUGAGAAAACCCAGGGCGUGUACUGGGGCCACAGGACAGAAUGGUAACCUCAGGGCUGUUGGGGCCACGGUAUAGUGCAUUUAUAUCUGAAUUUAUUAUAAUAAAUUUGAACACCAACAUGUUUUAUCGCUUCCAUAACAGUGAGUCAUGUUUAUAGGGCGCUCUGCAGUUUUCAAAACACUUCUCAUCUAAUCCUCUCCCAAGCCCUGGGAGGUAAAUAGCAUUAUGUUCCCCAUUUUACAAAUGAGGAAGCUGAGGCCCAGAGAGGUUAAAUGGCCCAUCUAAAGUCACACAGCUAGUAAAUUCAAGAGUUGGGUCUGGAACCCAGGUUUCUAACUCCAUCUCACGCUGCCCAUUCUGCCGCACCAAGACAGCCCAGUAGGUCAAGUCCCAGGCCAUCAGGACAGACCAAGUACCCAGUCAUCAAAGAGCACACACUGCCCAGGUGGACACACCCCUUUCCCAUGGUGUUUGAAGAGACCCUCAUUUUUGCCUUCUCUCCAGCCAUCUGUUCUCUCCCUGCCUUUCUUGUACGGCCAAAGACCACCAAACAAAACAGGAGGAAGAGCCAGAAGUCAUGAAUAUCAUUAUUUUUUAUUUUUAAAAACCCACCAUAAAAAUAUUUUGAUAUUUUAAAACCAAAUGCAUUCUUUAUACUGAUUAAAACUAGAAGGAAAUGGGACAAGUUAUUUGCAUGAUCUUCCACUAAAGGUACCUCUUACACAGUGAGAAGAGUGAGCAUCACCUGACCUUAAAAAUGAUCUUGAAAAUCCCAGCAGUUUUCCAUAAAGAACAUGAUAUUACUUAUACUGUACCAUAUCCCCAAAAUCCAAAACAGCAAUCUCCAGCACCAGAAAAGAUCACUUGGUCAGGCAGUAGUUAAGUAGCUGGCUCAUGUUUGGAAGCCAAAUUGUGUGGGGAAAAAAAAAUACUUUGGUUGAAUACAAAUAUUUGAAUUUGCAUAAGUUAAAUGUAAUGCCUAUGUGACUCCAGUGUAUUUGAGGUCUUUCAAAGGACAUGUUAAUUUUUAUCAUAUAACAUUGCAACCCACAAUGGCAAUUUCCUUUCUUCACUCCUUGAACUACAUGGUUCUUUAGGUGUCUCCUCAGCCACACACCCCUUUCUCUGAGAAUGCACAUUCCCCAGCCAGAUUUACCCUACCUACUGCUGCUCUCUUGGCCACACGUGAUUGGCUGAUCGGUAGAUAUUCUACCCAAGCCAGACGAAUCAGGUUUCUCUUCUAACCCAAGCUGGGCCAAUCAGCACCUGUGCUCUUGAUAUUUGGAAGUGGGACACGGAGUCACCACACAGGUCAUUAAUGGUCCAGAGCUGAAGGUCUUGAUGCAGUUCCCAGCUGGGGUGACCAUUUCUCCCACUGUGUUUGGAGAAACAAAGCCAGUCUUAGAAAGAGAUGGCCAGGAUAGAUAAGCAACAAGUAGAGAAAAGAAACCAAGACCCAGGGAAUUCCCUGGCGGUCCGCUCUGCGCUUUCACUGCCAAGGGCCCGGACUCAAUCCCUGGUCAGGGAACUAGGAUCCCAUAAGCCACACAGCGUGGCAAAAAAAAAAAAAAGAAGAAACCAAGACAACCCCCAGAGAGACAGUGCAGCAGACACUACAAGCCCCUUAGUCAUUGCCUCCCUCUACUGUAUAAGCAGCACACUAAAUGCCCUCAUUUCCCAGCAUCCCUUGCAGCUAGACCUGGCUGUGUUGUUCAAUUCUGGCCAAUGACAUGCAGGUGAAGGCCCUGGGCAGGGCUUCCCUUCUGGAGUUAAAGGCAAGGCUUUGCUAGGAGAAAGCUUUUUCUCUUUGUCCCUUUGCCUUGUCUCCUUUUUCUCUCCUGGAGCUCAGACUUGGAGCUGGAGCAGCCACGUUGGGGAUCACCAGGUAACAAGCAAGAGACCAAAGCCCACCUCAAAAGACAAUGGAGUGGAAAGACAUGAAAAGCCUGGGUGGGAGCCUAGUGGCAUCACUGUGCUCUGGACUGCACCUGAACUGCCUACCUCUGUACAUCCUGUUGUAUAAAUAAAUA